AUGAAAAUGCUUUGGAAACUGACGGAUAAUAUCAAGUAUGAGGAAUGUGAGGUAAGCGCUUCCCCCCGGCCGGGGCAGAGCCUCCGGCCUCGCAGCUGCGAGCGGGAGCCGGCAGCAUCCCUCCGCCUCUCAAUUUCGUUUAGGAAAAACUUCUUGCUCCUUCGCCAAGGCUUCCUUGCGGUCCUGCAGCCGGAGAGGGGCUGGGGUCCUUCCCCCAGGAACUUCGGGGCUUGUGGAAACCCGGCUUUGUCGGAAGUGGCGAAGUCUAAAAACGGAGGGAGAUCGCUGAGGGAGAAACUGGACAAAAUAGGAUUAAACCUGCCAGCCGGGAGGCGUAAAGCUGCUAACGUUACCUUGCUCACGUCGCUCGUGGAGGGAGAAGCAGUACAUCUAGCUAGAGAUUUUGGGUACGUUUGUGAGACAGAAUUUCCUGCCAAAGCAGUAGCUGAAUUUCUCAACCGACAACAUUCCGAUCCAAACGAGCAAGUCACAAGAAAAAACAUGCUUCUAGCUACAAAACAGAUCUGUAAAGAGUUCACCGACCUGCUGGCUCAGGACCGAUCUCCCCUGGGGAACUCGCGGCCCAACCCCAUUUUGGAGCCGGGCAUCCAGAGCUGCCUGACCCACUUCAACCUCAUCUCCCACGGCUUCGGGAGCCCGGCGGUGUGCGCUGCCGUCACCGCCCUGCAGAACUAUCUCACCGAGGCGCUCAAGGCCAUGGACAAAAUGUACCUCAGCAACAAUCCCAACAGCCACACAGACAACAGCACCAAAAGCGGCGACAAAGAGGAGAAGCACCGAAAGUGA